AUGAAGGUCCUGGCCGCUGCGCGCGCGAUGCUGGAAGAAGAGAAAGAAAGAAUUCGAAAAGAUAUUUGCGAGAUUGAUCGAAGCGAAUUCGUACAGAAGAAAGAAGAGGAGGAGAAGGUGGAAACAGUGGAAACAGUGGAAACAGUGGAAACAGUGGAAAAGGAGGAGAUGGAGGAAGAAUGGCACUUGUUUGGUGAACCGAGCGAAGUGAAGAAAGGCGAAUGGGGAUCCGAUGAAAACGAAGACGAAGACGAAGAAAAAAUGGCGGCAAAACCCAUCGUAGAGGAAGAACAAGAAAAACCGGUUGUGGAAAUGGAGAAACCCGUCGUAGAGGAGGAGCAGAAACCGAUUGUGGAAGAGAAAGUGGAAAUGGAGAAACCGGUCGCGGAAGAAAAGGAAAAGGAAGAAGAAGAGGAAGAGGAGGAAUGGAUUCUUUACGAAUCGCAGAAAGCCAAACCGGGAGAAUGGGGAUGCGAAGAAGAAGAAAAGGAAGAAAAGGAAGACAAGGAAGAAAAGGAAGAAGAGGAGGAAGAAGAAGAGGAGGAAGAAGAAGAAGAAGAAGACGAUGAAGACGAGGAGGAAGAAGAGGAAGAGGAAACAAUUGUGGAAAAAGAGGAGGAUUGGAUUGUGUAUCAAUCGGAGGAACCGAAGCCUGGCGAAUGGGGAUCCGAAGAGGAAGACGAAGAAGACGAAGAAGACGAAGAAGACGAAGAAGACGAAGAAGAAGAAGAAGAAGAAGAAGAAGAGGAAGAAGAAAAGGAAGAAGACGAGGAGGAAGAGGAAGAGGAAGAGAUCGUGGAAACAGUGGAAACAGUGGAAAAGAAGGAAGAGAAAGAACAAGAGCAACCCAUCGUAGAAGAAAAAACCGAGUUACAAACCGUGGAAACCGUAGAACCAGCAUCCUUGCCCUGCCCUCUCGCCCCCUCGAAUUCCAUCGAAGAAUCUUCCAUCGAAUUCGACGAAUCGGAAGCAGAAUGGCAUCCCUUCCACUUCCCUUCUCCCGCUCCCGCCACUGAAACUCCCUCCACCGAAACGCCCAUCGCCGAAACGCCCGUCGCUGAAACGCCCGUCGCUGAAACGCCCGCCGCUGAAACGCCCGUCGCUGAAACGCCCGUCGCGUUGCCUCCACCCCCACCGCGGAAAUCCAUCGAUUGGGAUUACGUCGAGUCUCUCCUCGCCGAGGCGCGAGCGUGCCUCCUGCCCCAUCCAUCCACCGAGUUAUCAUCGGAAGCAUCCUCGGAAGCAUCUUCGGAGGCACCCUCGGAAGCAUCCGAAUCAUCAUCCGAAUCAUCCGAGCAGCAACUCGUUCUACGCCAAGUCGAAGCGGCCGUGAUGAGCCAAGUCGAUUCGCUGGCGUCCCGACUCAACGAAUCGCUCCAGACGCGCCUAACGACCGAUCUGUCUGCGCAGAUCGACUCUUUAGAGCAGCAAUUGCGAGAUUCCGCCGUGCAGGAAUCGCGCAGACUUUACUCCAUGCUCAAGCAGCAGCGCGAAGACCUGACGACGUCGAUGAACCAGCAGCUGGAGCAGCUGGAAGUCGAUCUGCGCGCGGAGAUCGCCCAGCAAAUCGACGGUGAGAAGAUGGCGGAAAUCCGCUCGAUUUUGGCGCAGUACAACGGCGAAAUCGCGCAGGUCCGCCGGCAGUACGUGGACUACAAAGACGACUUGAUCUACGAGCGCGAGAUGCUGACGAAGGGCCGCGUACUGAGCGCAGAAAUCGCGCAGAACGAAUCGUGGGUGGCUCGGAUUCUGCAAGAAAUGAACCAGGUGCAACGCCGAGUGGACAGCGAAAAAUCGCAGCGAAUCGACGCGCUUCAAGCCUUCCACGCGAAGCUCCAGCACCUCGUGGAGCAGCUGGAGGCGCAGGAGGCGCUGCUGUCGAACAUGCUGAAGACGCAGGAGUACCAGCGCGCGAUUUGGGAGAUGCAGGAGCACAUCAUCGCGAAGGCGUCGAUCAGCGCCGAUCUCGACCGUUUGGUAGAAACGCUUCGACUCCGCUCACGCACAGAAAGAGAAGGCGAACGACGACCCGAUCCUGCUGCACCUGAUCAAGCAGAUUCCGCAGUCGGUGGUGGAGAAACGCGUUCCGGACGUGCUGUACUAUUUCACGAAGUGAGCGUUGGAUGGAGGCGCGAAGCGUAG